AUGUCGGGAUCUGAGACAGGAGGAGUGAUCACUAGCAGAGAGCCGUUCACCGUCGGCGCUUUUCAGAAGACUUCGCCACCAGCACCGUCUCAGCCGGUGGUACAGAACAUGCGUUUGGCGUACAGCGGCGAGGGAACAGCCGUCUACAAACCCUUCUCUGGCUCAUCCCCUCCGUUCCAGCCCACCAGUGCCUCUGUUGAAGCUCCGGCCGGAGGCCUCAUCUUGCCACAUAGCCUAAACAUGAAUACGAGCGACUCUAUUAAGCGUAAGAGAGGGAGACCCAGGAAGUACGGGGCUGAUGGCACCAUGGCACUGGCUCUCACACCUCCAGCCGUCACGGUUAAUACAUCCGGCGGCUCUUUCUCUCCCCCACCGGGGCCUCCCGCUGCCGCUGGUCCUCCUUCGGGAGGAUUGGCCUCGCCGAAUUCAUUGAAGAAGGGCAGAGGCAGACCACGGGGUUCAAGCAAGAAGCAACAAUUGGAAGCCCUCGGAUCAGCGGGCAUUGGAUUUACACCGCAUGUUAUCACCGUCAAAGCUGGAGAGGGGCUAUUUGAGGUUUUUGAGUGUAUGGGAAUACUAAGUGGUACAUGGGCAAAGUUGGCUUUGGCUGUAAAACUUAUAGCUUAUUCAUUGGUUUUCUAUCUUAUCUACACAGAGGAUGUGUCAUCACAAAUAAUGUCCUUUUCUCAGCAUGGCCCAAGGGCUGUGUGCAUCUUGUCUGCAAAUGGUGCCAUCUCCAAUGUGACUCUACGUCAAGCUAAUACAUCUGGUGGAACUGCAACUUAUGAGGGGCGGUUUGAUAUAUUGUCUCUUUCUGGUUCGUUUCUGCUAUCAGAGGUUGGUGGCCAGCGGAGCAGAACAGGUGGGUUGAGUGUCUCGUUAGCUGGACCAGAUGGGCGUGUUCUAGGUGGUUGUGUGGCAGGUCUUCUGACUGCUGCAUCCCCCGUUCAGGUCAUUGUUGGCAGUUUCAUUGCAGAUGGCCGCAAGGAAUCCAAGCAUGUAAACCAAAUGGAACCUUUAUCUGCUCCCCCAAUCCUCAACCCAGGCAGUGGUGCAACGGGUGCUAGCAGCCCGCCAUCACAUGGGACUCUUAGUGAGUCAUCUGGAGGGCCCGGCAGUCCACUUAACCAGAGCGCAGGUGUCUACAAUGGCACUAAUCUCCAAGGCAUGUCAGGCAUGCCUUGGAAGUGA